GUUCUUGUGUUAUUGUGUCUACACAACAGACUCUUGUUUUUUUCUUCCUUAUACUAGAUGGUGUAGCUGCCUUCUUGCUAGGUCUGUGAUUGUCGUACAUGUAGAUUUGCAGACCGGAAAAAUAUAAAAAUUCGUGGAAAGAAAAGGAAAAACGGUGGCUGUGGGUUUCGAUAGGGCUACUGUGUUUUGACAUGGAAGCUUGGUCCGAUCUGGCUACUGCUUUAGACGAAAGUUCUGUUUUACUUGGCCGGACCAGGUGUGUCAGCAAUAUUAUAAUUAACCAAAACUUCGCUACCCCGGCGUCGAAGCAAAUUAAAAAUAAAGGUUUCUGCCGCCGCAGAACCAAGUCAACGGGAAACAUCAUAGACAAAGCUGGGCAGCAUUCCAGCAGCAACAGCGAAGGAGAGAUGGAAGACUUCCAGGAACAAGCGCAGUCUAGCGUGCAGCAGACUGAAACGGAUGAGGGUAGCAUCAAAGACAAAAUGACCAUUGCCGCUCUGCCUUCUGGGCUGCCAUUUGCAAUCCCGUGCUUGCAGAAUGCUUUGUUUGGAACCCCUGCUAGUCCCUCCAGAUCAAUAGUAGUCAAGACUGUAGGGCAGCCGCUGAGUGUUGCAGAAUCUGACUCUCUCAACGAGACAGCUUCCCCCAUGAGGCCUCAUACAAGAAGGAAGCGGAGAUUUAAGAGGAUGGCUGUUGACCCUGAGCCUGUGGUCCAAGCUGGAUUGGAGUUGGAUGAAGCAAACAGCCAACAGAAUCUCUGCUUGGCUGGACAGCAGAAAAGCUUUUCUUUCUCAACCUUUGCUUCCUCGUCCAUAUUUGCCAAACCCAGACAGAGAAAAGUCAAGAAGAAGCCAGUCAAUGUACAAAAAAUACCAAACAUAGUAAUUGGUAAACGAAAGAGGAAUGUGCGGGAGAGGAGUAUCGAAUGCGAGUUGGAGAAAAUCAGCCUCAACUCGUCGCCUGAAACAGGCGCCGCAUCCAAUUUGUCAGCUGCCUGCUGCAGCGACGCCUCUCUUAUCGUCGGUCAUUUAAAUAACGACUCGAUGGAUCUGGACAUGAAGCAACUCGAGCAGGUGAGCAGCAGCAGUGUCAGCGGCUCGGAGAGCGAUCCCGGCUUUUAUACCUAUGACGACGGACGUGAAGCGGACGACGAGCAGAGCGACUGGUACCAGGAAAACGGACCGACCUGGGGUGUACCUGGCAAUCCGUGGUGGGAGAGAGAUGGUCCUCAGCGUCAAUUCCGUUUCCGUGCGGCCGGGGCCGUGGGCGGUACUGUCGAAGAGCUGGAAGCCGACGACACGGACCAGGAUGACGCCGCCGGAGAGGAGAAAAAAUUCCAGCAGCUCCUCAAAGGAUCGUGGCAGCAUUUAAGCGACGAAGCUAAAGACGCUUACCGACUCCGCAUGCAGAAGCUUCGUGAUCGAAUUCCUGGACGCGAGAUCAGAGCUGGACGACGGCAUUUGGGAGCUCAACGCGGACCCUCGUUUAGUAUAUUAACUUCGGCCAACGAGAAACUUUCACGAUUUCUCCAGGAUCCGGCCCAGAGCGAAUUGCGUCUGCAUCCCAUGCAAAAGAGCGAGCGCGAUCAAUUGAGCCGUUUGGCCUCGCUCUAUUCGCUGCAAAUGCUCAGCGAAGGAGCCAGAGGUCUCAAAUGUCCAGUACUCAAAAAGACGAGCAACACGAUGCAGGCAGUGCGGAUCGACAUGGAUCGUUCGCCUUCGCUGUGGAGUGACUACAAACGCCAAAGAAAGACUCCGCCCGCUUCCGUCACGUCCGAGAAUGAAGCCCCUCCCAUCGACGAGAAGAACAUCGGAAGUCAAAUCUUAAAGUGCAUGGGCUGGACCCCGGGCAGUGGCUUGGGGCCUCAAGGAGCUGGAAGGACAUCUCCAGUCGGAGCAGUCGUUCGACCAAAGUAUUUAGGUUUAGGACAUGGAUCAAAAUCUAACGAUGUGACUGCCGAGGAAUCGUCUUCCGUCGAAACGGCCUCGGUGGCUAUGUUAAUGUAAAUUUGAACGUGUCGACCUGAUAAUAAGGAAAUUGUCACGAUUCUUUUUGCACAUCGGUUACCGAAGGCUCUUCAUGUUUGAACGCUGGUCGGUGGAAUUAGUCUCCGACAAAUAACCGUCAAUAAAUUGUAUUGCUUAUC